ACGGCUAUCUACCCUGUUCAGUUGGGUUGUUUCUCCACUGAAGUUCACUUCCAAGAACUCUCACAUGCACCAUCUCCCAAGAGUCAGAGCUCUCUUUCUGCUAAACCUCAAGCUAAAAUCCACCCACCAACUCAAACGAACCCAUGCCCAGUUGAUUACCAGUGGCCUCCUCAAAUCGCCCACCCUUUAUGCCAAACUAAUUCAGCAAUACUGUGCCUUAUCAGACCCACAAAGCACCAACCUUUAUGCCCAUUUUGUAUUCAAACACUUUGAUGAGCCAAACUUGUUCCUCUUAAACACUUUGAUAAGAUGUUCUCAACCCAAAGACUCUAUUCUUGUUUUUGCCAAUUGGGUAUCUAAAGCAACCUUAUUUUUUGAUGAUUUUACCUACAAGUUUGUUCUUGGAGCUUGUGCUAGGUUGCCUUCAGUGUCAACAUUAUUAGCAGGCAGCCAAAUACAUGCCCGGAUCAUGAAACAUGAUGUCGUAUCAAACAUUUUGGUGCAAACUACACUGGUACAUUUUUAUGCUAGUAAUAAAGAUUUUGUUUCUGCACGGAGGGUGUUUGAUGAAAUGGCUGUGAAAAAUAGCGUUACGUGGAAUGCAAUGAUCACGGGGUAUUGUUCACAAAGAGAAAGUGCUCGUGAUGCAUUAGUGUUGUUUCGAGACAUGUUGGAUGAUGUUUCUGGUGUGAAACCUACUGAUACUACAAUGGUUUGUGUUCUUUCUGCGGCUUCUCAGUUGGGUGUGUUGGAAACUGGUGCUUGUGUACAUGGUUAUAUUGAGAAGACAAUAUGGGUUCCUCAUAAUGAUGUGUUUAUAGGCACUGGUCUUGUUGAUAUGUACUCAAAAUGUGGAUGUGUUGAUGGUGCUCUGUCCAUUUUUAAGCGAAUGAAAGAGAAGAAUAUCUUGACUUGGACAGCAAUGGCAACCGGGCUAGCCAUUCAUGGUAAGGGAAAUGAAGCAUUGGAGCUUUUGGAUGUAAUGGAGGCUUAUGGAAUAAAACCCAAUGCAGUGACUUUUACCAGCUUGCUUUCGGCUUGUUGCCACUCGGGGCUUGUUGAAGAAGGCCUCCAUUUGUUCCAUAUGAUGAAGAGCAACUUUGAUGUCAUGCCUCAGAUGCAACACUAUGGUUGCAUUGUUGACAUGCUUAGCCGCAGAGGAUACUUGAAAGAAGCCUAUGAAUUUAUAGUAGGGAUGCCAGUUGAACCUGAUGCCGUCUUGUGGAGGAGUUUGCUAAGUGCUUGCAAAGUUCAUGGGGAUGUUGCAAUGGGCGAGAAGGUGGGGAAGAAGCUGCUCCACAUACAGUCGGCACAGACUUGUGCAGAUUUGACUCCAAAGAGUGAGGACUAUGUAGCUUUGUCGAACAUUUAUGCUUAUGCUGAAAGGUGGGAGGAUGUGGAGAUGGUAAGACAGGAAAUGAAGGUUAAGGGAAUUGAAAACAAAGCUGGUUAUAGUUCAAUUCAAACUUCUUCAAACCUUAGCAAUCAUGUCCUGGAUGGAUUGUAGUUUUGCAAGUCAGCGAAAUAUUGAGCUGGUAAAAAGACAACUAUUCAGAGUGCCCACACACUCUUCAUGAUUCAGAAAAAGAUUCAAAGUUGAACCUCGUAUUUACUUUCAAAUUUUUCAGUGGUUAGAGGACUUCUUAUAGAUAAUGCAAAGAGCAAGUGUACUGUAUGUAAAGUGCAUUUUAUUAUAUUUUAUAAGCAAUUGAGGGUAUCAGAUCUUAUUUUGGCCCAUCAGCCUA